GUUGCCACGUGUCCAAAACCGAAAUUGCUGGACCGUUACUAUCAUCUUCCUCAGAUCGCGAAAGUCAGAGAGCGGAAAGUCUUGCCCCUGAAGAAAUUGCAAGCAAACCGUCUGGAUUUCAUUCGCUGUAAGUAAAUGUACAAGCUCUCCUGCAUGAUUUUGGUUAAUUUGUUUCGCGAUUCGUUUUGGUUUUUUUAGGAGCGCGUCAAGUCAAGAAUGGCGCGACCGUCGUCGUCGUCCUCCGCCGUAGCAUCGGAGCUGCGAAUCGACGAGAAGUUGACACUAAUUCCUGGUUUACCAGACGACGUCGCAGCAAAGAUACUGUCCUGCGUUCCGUACUCGCACAUAGACCGUCUCAAGCUCACUUGCAAAUCAUGGCGCCACUUCUUCUCCUCUAAAACCCUAAUCAGGCUACGUCACCACCACCGCAACCUUUCCAGCUUACUCUGUAUCUUCCCCCAGGACCCUUCCAUCGCCCCCCCGUACAUCUUUGACCCCGAGAAUCUCGCGUGGCGGGCUCUUCCGCCGAUGCCUUGUAGUCCGUACGUUUACGGCCUCUGCAAUUUCACUUCCCUCGCCGUCGGCAGCAACCUUUACGUCCUCGGUGGGUCCUUGUUUGAUACACGAUCCUUCCCUCUCGAACGCCCCUGCUCAUCCUCUGCUGGGUUCCGCUUCGAUUUCCGCACCUUCAAGUGGCACCGCCUCGCCCCCAUGUUGUAUCCUCGCGGGAGUUUCGCCUGUGCAGCGAUUGCGAGUUCGGACCAGAUCAUAGUCGCUGGGGGAGGUUCAAGGCAUAAUUUGUUUUGUGCGGCCGGGAGCAGGAUGAACGCGGUGGAGAGAUAUGAUAUCGAGAGAGAUGAGUGGGUGGCGCUGGAUGGUUUGCCGAAUUUCAGGGCGGGGUGCGUUGGUUUCUUGGUUGGAGAAGGGGAAGAGAGGGAGUUUUGGGUUAUGGGAGGGUACGGAGAGUCAAGGACCCUAUCAGGAGUUUUCCCUGUCGACGAGUAUUACAAGGAUGCAGUGGUCAUGGAGCUCAAGAACAAUGGUGCUGGGAAGUGGAGGGAGGUUGGGGAUAUGUGGGCAGAAGGGGAGAGAGCGAGGCCUGGGAAGAUUGUUGUCAUGGAGGAUGAGGAGUCGGGCUGUCGUCCUGCCAUUUUCAUGCUAGAUGGGAAGGAGAUCUUGAGAUAUGACAUUGCCUCUAACCAUUGGCAAAAGGAGUCCAAUGUACCAAGAAAAGCACCUUGCAACUCGUCCUUUGGUUUUGUUGUGUUGGGCGGUGAGCUAUAUGUGAUGUCUCUUCGUCACGGAGUUGAUUCAACAGAAACUCGGAGAUCACGCCAGCACAAGAGGACAGGAACUCUAUUUGUCCAAAUCUACCACCCAAGGAAGAAAACGUGGAGGUCCCUCCUGGCAAAGCCACCAUUCCAUUGCCCUCUGGAUUUCAAGACUGCAGUUCUGUGCACAGUUCACUUGUAGAUUCCAUUGAUUACUCUGUAAAGUCGCCAUUAUUCGUACUGUGAAAAAUUCAUCAAAUGAUGUGGCGUAGUUCAUGUUGAUGGCCCUGUUUACUUACUCUUCCUUUGUACAGAUUAGUGGUAAAGAUAUGGCUGAGUCAAAGAACAGAAAAUUCAUUUCUUACUCAUGUAAGAUACAGUAUGCCUUCAUUGUAAACGUAUGUUAUUGGCAUAUGUUGUAUGUGGUGUUUUUCAAAUACACAAAUGGACAAUGAUUUUUAUGUACAGAUCUAGGAAGCACUUCUUGGCUGCGACAAUUGCCCCAA